GCGGAUGCUGCUCGGUGUUUGCAGCUCGACGCAAAGGGAGGACAGCAGAUUCCGUUGGGAAGCUGCAUAUCAUCGGCAGGCAGUUCUCAUCGGAUCAUUUCGCUUUUACUGACAGGUUAACGGUGUCACAUCUGGGAUGAAUUCAAUUAGGUGUGUAGCUCGUAGACUGGGUGUUGUUUUGGCAUGUUAUGGAGUGAAAUGCCUCCACGCCCCGGCGGAUCUAAAUUAGCCUGGAAUAUGAACAGAAGAAGAAAAUAAGCAGCAGCGGCGGCGGCGGCGGUGGUGGUGGAGGUGGCUGUCUUCCUGCAGGAUUUCACCCAGGCUUUUUGUUUUUUCCCAUGGACAUGCCUGGUCUGUGGAGCAAAGCUGAGAGAGGCUAGCCGGCCCAGAGUCCGGCUAGCGGAGCAUUCCUGAGUUUUGGAUGAUUGUUCAGCUGAAAGGCGGAUUUAUUUUGGACAAGCGCUGCUUUCCCUCCCCGGGUAAAGAGACAGCAUGGGGGAGCCGAGCCUGGACGACUCCAAUGUCAAGGUGGCUGUUCGUGUACGGCCCAUGAACAGGAGAGAAAAGGAAUUAAACACUAAAUGUGUUGUGGAAAUGGUGAAAAACCAGACGAUCCUCCAUCCUGCGGGAGGUAACCUUGGAAAAGGAGACUCUAGGAGUCAGUCCAAGGUUUUUGCCUACGAUUAUUGUUUCUGGUCCAUGGAUGAGACAGAUAAGGAAAAAUUUGCAGGUCAGGAGGUGGUGUUCCAGUGCCUUGGGGAAAGUCUUCUCCACAAUGCCUUCCAGGGCUACAAUGCCUGUAUAUUUGCCUAUGGACAAACUGGCUCGGGAAAGUCGUACACUAUGAUGGGCUCAGUGGAUCAGCCAGGGCUGAUACCUCGACUGUGCAGUGCUUUGUUUGAACGGACACAGAAGGAACAGCGGGAGGAGGAGAGCUUCACUGUUGAGGUCUCUUACAUGGAGAUCUACAAUGAGAAGGUCCGAGAUCUGCUCGAUCCCAAAGGGGGUAGGCAAACACUGCGGGUGAGAGAACAUAAAGUUUUGGGUCCAUACGUUGAUGGCCUGUCUCGACUAGCGGUGGCCAGCUACAAGGACAUUGAGUCUCUAAUGUCAGAGGGCAAUAAGUCACGCACUGUCGCUGCUACCAACAUGAAUGAGGAGAGCAGUCGAUCGCAUGCAGUCUUCAACAUUAUUCUCACACACACACUCAAAGAUUUAAAGUCUGGGACGAGUGGGGAAAAGGUGAGUCGGCUGAGCCUAGUAGACUUGGCUGGAAGUGAGCGAGCAGCAAAGACUGGAGCAGCAGGAGAGCGCCUGAAGGAAGGAAGCAACAUCAACAAGUCCCUCACAACUCUGGGUCUAGUGAUCUCAGCUCUGGCUGAACAAGGAACCGCCAAGAACAAGACCAAGUUUGUUCCUUACAGAGACUCUGUUUUGACAUGGUUACUGAAGGACUGCCUGGGAGGUAACAGUCGGACAGCAAUGGUUGCUACUGUGAGUCCAGCGGCAGACAACUACGAGGAGACGCUGUCGACACUACGGUAUGCCGACCGAGCGAAGAACAUAGUUAACCAUGCUGUUGUUAAUGAAGAUCCCAACGCUCGCAUCAUCAGGGAGCUCCGAGAGGAAGUAGAAAAACUACGAGUACAACUGACACAGGCAGAGUCUUUGAAAGCUCCAGAGCUGAAAGACCGUCUGGAGGAGUCCGAAAAGUUGAUUCAAGAGAUGACGGUCACAUGGGAGGAGAAGCUUCGCAAAACUGAGGAGAUUGCACAGGAGCGUCAGAAGCAGUUGGAGAGUCUGGGUAUUUCUCUUCAGUCUUCAGGGAUUAAAGUUGGAGACGAUAAGAGUUUUCUUGUCAACCUUAAUGCUGAUCCUGCACUCAAUGAACUACUUGUGUACUACCUGAAGGAACACACAAAAGUGGGCUCAGCAGACUCCCAGGACAUUCAGCUGUGCGGGAUGGGUAUCCAGGCAGAGCACUGUGUCAUUGACAUCACAGCAGAGGCAGCUGUGAUUCUCGCCCCCCACCGCAACGCUAGGACGUGUGUUAAUGGCUCUCCAGUAACCAGUGCUCUGCAACUCCACCAUGGGGACCGAAUCCUCUGGGGAAACAACCACUUCUUUAGGAUCAACCUGCCUAAGCGGCGCUCUCGGGCUGCUGAUGAUGAAGAGGGUGAAGGUGGCAUGAUGAAGAACAGUGGUAGCAGUGAGCAGCUGGAUGCAGAUGGUGAUACAGCCAGUGAAGUGUCCAGUGAAGUCAGCUUCUCGUAUGAGUUUGCCCAGACAGAGGUCAUGAUGAAAGCCCUGGGCAGCAAUGACCCCAUGCAGGUAGUCCUCCAAUCUCUGGAGAGGCAGCACGAAGAGGAGAAGCGUUCUGCUUUGGAGCGACAGAGGCAGAUGUACGAGCAGGAGCUCCAGCAGUUGCGUAAGAAGCUCAACCCAGAACGCCUGUCCACAGGUCAGUCUGGAGGGCCAACAAUUGGGCAGCAAGGUCCAGGACAGCAAUCUCACUAUCGCAGCAUGGAGAGGCUCAGUAUAGGAGGGAUGAGCCAUUCAAGCAGUGCUCAGAGCAGACUGAGGCAGUGGAGUGAGGACAGGGAGGCUGUGUUGGUGAGGAGUCUUCGGAGGUUGAGGGAGCAGAUAGUCAGGGCGAACCUCCUGGUACAAGAAGCCUGUUUCAUUGCAGAUGAGCUGGAACGGCACACCGAGUACCGAGUCACUCUGCAGAUCCCAUCAGACAACCUCAAUGCAAACCGCAAGAGGGAUGCAGUGCUCAGUGAACCAGCGAUUCAGGUUCGAAGACGGGGUCGGGGCAAACAGAUCUGGAGUUUGGAGAAGAUGGAGAACCGUCUGGUUGACAUGAGAGAGCUGUACCAGGAAUGGCAGGACUACCACUUAAAUCAUCCAGACGACCAGGUAAUGUGUUCAUAUUUCCGCCGAGCGGACCCGUUUUUUGACGAGCAAGAAAACCACAGCCUGAUCGGCGUCGCCAACGUCUUCCUUUCCUGUCUUUUCUAUGACGUCAAGCUGCAGUACGCUGUUCCCAUCAUCAACCAGAAAGGAGAGGUUGCAGGUCGCCUGCAUGUGGAGGUGGUAAGAGUUGGUGGGGGCUUAGAGGAUAACAUGGCUGGAGGAGAUGAGCCUGACAACAACCAAGACACUGAAGUUCAGGAUCGCAAACUGGUCUGCAUGAUUAAAAUCCUGCAGGCUACUGGUCUUCCUCAGUACCUGUCCAACUUCGUCUUUUGUCAGUAUUCUUUCUGGGACCAGCCCGAGCCUAUCAUCGUGGCUCCCGAAGUUGACACGUCAUCCUCAUCACCCAGCAACAAGGACCCACACUGCAUGGUGGUGUUUGACAGCUGCAAGGAGCUGGCUGUGUCCGUAACUGAGGAAUUUAUCGAGCACCUUACAGAAGGGGCAGUCGCCAUUGAGGUGUACGGACACAGACAGGCUGAUGCUGGAAGAAACCCCGCACUGUGGGACCUCAGCAUUAUCCAAGCUAAGACACGCACAUUACGAGACAGAUGGAGUGAGGUAACACGUAAGCUCGAGCUGUGGAUUCAAAUCCUGGAGAUAAACGAGAACGGAGACUUUGUUCCAGUGGAAGUGGUACCUGCCAGAGAUGUGCAGACCGGAGGAAUCUUCCAGCUUCGGCAGGGUCAGUCGAGAAGAAUCCAGGUGGACGUGCGCUCAGUUCAGGAUUCUGGCACUAUGCCCCUGAUCGCAGAGAUUGUGCUCGCUGUAUCAGUGGGCUGUGUGGAGAUCAGAAACACCACAGCAAACCAGGAAGCAGAUGAGAUGGAUAGUUAUCAGGAAAGAGACCUGGAACGGUUACGGGGGCAGUGGUUAGCUGCUCUCACCAAGAGACAGGAAUACCUUGAUCAGCACCUACAGAGCCUGGUUAGCAAAGCAGAAAAAACAGAAGAUGACAUGGAGAGGGAGGCGCAGCUGCUUGAAUGGCGUUUGACUCUAACUGAGGAGAGAAAUGCUGUAAUGGUGCCCUCUGCUGGCAGCGGCAUUCCUGGAGCACCUGCUGAAUGGGUUCCUCUGCCUGGUAUGGAGACUCACAUCCCUGUCCUCUUCCUGAAUCUCAAACCUGAUGACCUCAGCUCUCAAGACCAGUUUGAAGUUCCAGAGGCUGGAGGUUGGGAUGCUAUCUUGAAUGGAGAGGAUGAGGAUGACUUUUUUGACCUACAGAUCGUCAGACACUACGAUGGAGAGGUUAAAGCGGAGGCAUCAUGGGACUCCACUGUCCAUGAGUGUCCUCAGCUCAGUCGAGGGGGAUCGUGGCCUGAGCAGCGUGUCUAUCUGACCGUACGGGUGGUGGUCCAGCUCAGUCACCCUGCUGACAUGCAGCUGGUGCUGAGAAAAAGGAUCUGCGUCAAUGUUAGCCCGGGCCGCCAGGGAUUUGCCCACAACUUUCUCAGAAGGAUGUCAACCCGCAGCACCGUACCUGGCUGUGGGGUCACCUUUGAAGUGGUCUCCAACAUCCCUGGGGAUGCUCCUGGUUCAGAGGACAGGGAGAUGCUGGCCCGACUCGCUGCAAGCGCACACAACAGCCAGUCAGGCGAUGACGAGGCUGCCAUUGAGAAAUACCUCCGCAGUGUCCUGAGUCUGGAGAACAUUCUGACACUGGAUAGACUCAGACAGGAAGUGGCUGUGAAGGAGCAGUUGACUAGCAGAGGGAAGAGUAACAGACGGAGCAUAAGCUCUCCUUCUGUUAACAGGCUGUCUGGAAGUAGACAAGACCUGUCCACAACCUGCCUGCUGGAUGAUAAGGGUCGAUGGGAGAGUCAGCAGGAUAUCUUCAUGCCCUCUCAGUUUCCUCGCACCCUGCCCCGCCCAGCCUCCUCCCCUUCUACUUACUCCACCUCCCCCUCUUCAUCACCUACUCCCUUCGGCACUCCUCCACAGAACCAGGAACCAGAGCAAGGUCGUUCAGGACUUGCUGCCUCUUAUCUUUCAGUUAAGGCGCUGGUUCCCCAGAUGCCCAAACUGCUCAAGUCUCUGUUUCCAGUACGAGAUGAGAAGAAGGAGCUGAGACCUUCGCCGCACAACCAGCAGCAGCACGUGCCUCGUAUAGUGACCUCAUCAGGAGGGGACGACAACAAAGGCAAGACCGAGACGACUGCUAUUCUACGGCUCCCAGCCAAAGACAGACGGGCAGAGCUCCCAGAAGUCUCUCCUCUUCCUGUGCAUGACCCGCAUGACACCACCCCUCUCAGCCCCCUCAGCCAGUCGUCAAGCGGCUACUUCUCCGCUAGUGUUUCUACAGCUACCCUGUGUGACGUUCUCCAACCCUCCUCCUCAUCCUCCUCCCUCCUGGCUGCUGAGACCACGUUAUCCACAAACCCCCAGCAGCAGGGCGCUGACAGGAACGAUAUUGUGACCUCUCCUUCUCAGUUUGGUGCCAAGGUGUCAGUCGUCGCUUUGCCUGCUUCCCACAACUCAGCCAAUCACAAUAGCAUCACAUCCGACGUCUCCUCUGAACAGAAGCUGAUAAACGCGGGAGGAGGUGAAGGCUUUGAGAGACUAGAGAUCUUUGUGGAUGAUGAUGAGCGAGGUCGUGAAGACGUGCUGCCUGAUUGGCUGAUAGAAGGAGCAUAUGUUACAGUAGGGAACAAUAAGGCGGGGACGGUGCGCUACAUUGGGGUGACACAGUUUGCUGAAGGAGUUUGGGUGGGGGUGGAGCUGGACACUCCUAUAGGUAAGAACGACGGCUCCGUUGGAGGUCAGCGGUAUUUCCACUGUAAGCCGGGUUACGGGGUGCUGGUCCGCCCAAACCGGCUGUCCUCCCGCGAGCGGACCAGUCGGCAGACAGGGGAGUUUACCCCUUCUGCCCACGUCCCCAUCCUGCGAGGAGAAGCCAUUGUUGCACGCCGAGGGGAGAAUCGCAAAUCCUGGAGCAGCUGAGACAUGAAAACUAGGAGCCCCCAAUCAUCGUCGUCCUCCUCUCUUCUUUUCUCAGCUAUGCAACAGGCUCAUACUCUACAACUGACCUACUGCCUAACCUCCUACAGUUAGAAUCUACACUCACUGCAUCCAUUCAUAGAGUAUGGAUGGAUAUAGAAUAAACACGGUAAAGAGAACUUUCAAGAACAAUGCAAGUACGAUAAUGAAAGACUAUGCAGGAUAUUUGGAAUUACAUGGAAGGACUAGUUAUCAUGCGAGAAGAUGAUGCUACUUAAAUAGCAGUCAGUGGGAAGACUGCUGAGACUGAAUGAAAAGCAGAACUAUUUGGACCAGGAGUGAGGACUGAACCCUGCAGGCUGGAUGAUGCUUUCUUAGCUGAUAUACAGGGAUGCAAACAUGUGGCUUUUUUGUGGUCACACUGGGGUAAUUUGGUUGGGAGCAAGGUAUUUUUACAGUGGGAUGGAAGACUUUCAAAGGACAAGGCUAAUGGAUUUAUUGGCCCCAUCUUAUUAUUAUUUUUUUUGUUGUCGUUCAUCUUUCACAAUUAAUUGUCAGCCCAUAAUAGUUGUUAAAAGAAGUCAAAGGAUCUUAUUUGACCAUAAAGGUUUUAUAAAGCUGACUAUUAGGCAGUAAAGAUUGGCGUCACUUUUCUUUGACAUUUUAUUUAUUUAUCUCAGUUCCUGAGUACCACAAACCUCAAAUCAUAUUGUGGCAGUAGAUAUUUGCUGCGUUUUCACACUUGACAUGUUUGUAUCCCUGCAUAUGAUGCCUCUACUUGGUAGUCCAGAAUUUAACGCUACGGUUGCCACCUUCCUGAACUCUCCAGGUCCAAUUUGCAGACUGACUCUUUGACUCUCCCUCUUGGACUCCUUUUUUUCCCCAUUUUCUUUUGAAGAUUGAUCCUCCCAGAAUGUGCCUUCACCAUGGCUUGGUUUGCCUUUGUCUGUAUAUUUAACUCCUUGUAGCCGUGUUUGUGUUGAAGAGAAUGCCUUGUGCUAAGUGUGAGGUGAUCUCAGGGACUGCAGAGGGGAAAGCACAGUGUGUGUGUGUGUGUGUGUGUGUGUGUGUGUGUGUGUGUGUGUGUGUGUAAAUGUUGUACAGUGUUGCCCUGUGUGUAUGUUAAUGUUGUAGUCGUGAUGGUGUUAAAGAUUAGCUGCGUACAGCAGGAAUAGUCGUGACAAAGCCACUAUGAAACUGGGAGGCUUUAAAAGUUGAUUUUUGCACUGGAGACGUUGGAUAAGAAGCUUCUGUACGUGAACAGAACGUGUCUGUAGUUAAGAUGCAGCGACCAGAUAAGGUAACGAGAACAGGUUGGCUUUCUUUGGUGUAAUUUUUGUUUUGUUUGUUUCUUUGUUUCUUCCUUUUGUUUGUUUGGGUUUUUUAAUCCUUGUCAGCGUAUUCCCAUGUCCCUGUAAGUGACUGAUGAUAUCCGGACACCAGGAGGCACUGUUUGGGCAGCGCCUUAGUGCUGUGGAGGUGGAAAUGGGCAGAGUAUGUGCUGAGGAAAAGAAAGUGACUUAAGCUUGAGAGAAGGGUGAAUUUGCUUUUAUGCAUUUGAUCUUUUUAAAAAUAAGUUUUUAGUCCUUGUUUCUUUAUACUGACACAAAUGGGAGAACAAGCUAUGAGUACAUUUUGGGAAAGUGUUAAACCCAGAGGCAGUCCUGACUGAUCUGUGGAAGAACAUUUAAAAAUGAUAUGGUAGACAUGUGGAUUAUUACUUUUUUAAUUAGGUUUUAUGAAACAUUCCAGAGGGAUGAUGACAUUUUUACACUGAAUUUUAUUCUUAUGAUUUAAUGUGAUUUAAAUGCUUUUCAGUGCACCAAAGCACUGUUAGGAAUGAAGAUGGUAUAUGUGUUUGCAGUGCUUUUCCAAGUUAAAGGACACCUAUUAUGCUUUUACUCAUUUCUUGUAAUGUAUAUACUUUUACAGUGGUGAAUGAUCAUAUCUAACAUAAAUGUUUGCACAAGUAAUCCCUAUAAGCCAAAAUCUAAGGCUUUAAACUUCUCAAAAUGCUUUGUUUCAGACAGUUUUUAUAUUCUUGGCUCUAUAUGAUGUCAUUGAAAGUGGAUAAUCCCUCAUCAUCUCAGGUUAAUCUCAGGAGCCAAUCAGGAAAGGUGUUCUAAAGAGGAGGGGAACGGUGCUAAUUUCACUCGAUGAGUUGAGGGGCUGCACCGAGGCCAACUAUAAUAUAAAUAUGGGUUAUUUUGAUUAAGUUGUAAUUUAAUCUGUUACAUGAUGAAGUCCAAGGAGAAAAGCAAAAAUUUGAAACAUGUUAAAUCUGUUUAAGGAGUUAAAGUGUCGGCCUUUCUUUUUAAUUGUGACUCUCCCCCGAGUUUAUGCAGCUUUCACAAGAAGCCUGACAAAAGGAUGGUAUUCCAACAUGAUAAGUGAUACAAAGAAAGAAUAAAAAUCCUGAAAAGGAGCAUAAUAGGUCUCCUUUAAAGGGCCAGUUCAGUUCACAUUGAAAAGUUUUACUACCUGUGAAAAUGUCCUGUAGCUCUGAGGCGGAGCUUCAUACACCUGAGCAAAUGACACUUUUCCAUAAAUUUAUACCGUGAAGCCACAGAGGCAUUAAUGUCGUGGUGAGGCUCUAAUAAAAGCUGCUACUGAGUUGCAUUAUGGGAGAUGUUUUUUGGAGGAUUCUGGAGUUUUGUUGGCUUUUGCUUUUUUAAUUUAGCCGGUUAGGCUACACUAAAUCUCUGGAGUAAUGUCGAGACUGAGGUGAGGAAGUGUUCAGUUUGUCUCAGAGAGGGAGGAUGAAGCACGACCAGAUGGUUUUGAAGGUGGAAAAUAAUUAAUUUUGAACGUUCUUGGGAUAUUUUAGCUCUAUGGCUCCUUUAAAAGAGCCUCCCGAUGAUCACGAUAAUGAACCUGAAUAUGUUUUAUUGAAGGCUGAGGCAGGUUUUUGGUGUCUGUAAUGGUUUUCAGGUUCCUGAUGUUGAUGAUGGAACAGUUAUCUGGAUUACUGUGUGCCUAUACUGUAAACACACUAUGUCUGAACACUAUCGUCUUUAUGGGUCCAUCGGUGAAGUUACUAUUUAUGUUUAAAUGCUUGUGUGCACGCAGUGAUCUCACACAAGCUGGUAAAGCCUUUUUAUUUGAAUAAAUAAAUGUUGCACAAAUGAUUUAAUUAAAAUCGCUGCUAUUAGCGUUGUAAAUUUACCUGUAAAUGGAUCAGUUGAUUACUCGUGUGUCUUACUGUAUGAUAGAUUGGAUCUCAGUAGUAGUGUUUAAUUCCCGAAUUAACAAACAAAACUAAAGUCCGUGCUCCUGGUUCAGUGGCCAAUAUAUUUUUGUGACUUAGUAAAAUUCCUACAAAUGAGGCACUUUGUCGUAUGAGCCUUGAAGAAGAGAUGGGCAGGAUAUUUUCUGGGUGAAGAAUCACUUCUGUAUAGGAAACUCUAAUUGAAAUAUAAGAUGAGGCUCCACAGUCUGUUUUAUUGUCUGUGUAUUUAUUGUCUGGCCAUAAAGUCCAGACCUCUGGAGUCCUCUGAUUGGUUAGUUUCUGCCUGGUGUGUCAUUAGUUAGCAGGUUGUGAAGUGCUCUGUAGGUUAGUUUUCAAUAAUGUGGUCUGUAACAGUUCGGUGGUAAUAAAGGAAGUGUUCCUGUGUGCGUUUGUGUGUGUGGGUGAGUGUUGAGUGCACCUGUCUCUGAUUCAGUUGUGUCUUCGAGUCGUUGCCAAGAUGGGAAAACAACCGUCAGCGGCCGUUUCACGUACAUUUCCUGGGAUUUCAGCAUAGAGCGGCAAGCCUUCGCCCUCGCUGCUCUACUGGCAAAAAUGCAAAAAUACUAAUUCCCGUCUCUGCGGCCGGCAGACUUUCCCGUCCUGGUCUCUGCUCUGCUUUGUGGGUUUGAGAUCACUUCAGGCUUCUGGAUGUUCUUUUAUGUUGUUGUGCCUCAGAAUCCAUGUGACCAUGUAUCUUCCACACACUGUUUUCAUAUCAACGCUUCAAUUCAUUUGCACAAACGCCUCCAGAGGGAAUUGAAGACUUAAUUUCUGGAAUUAUUGUGCAUGUAAGAAGAAGAAUACAAACUGUUUUGUUUGUUUGGGGGUUUUUUUAAAGAUGAAGUGGGGUUUUUUGUUUCAGAUUACCUGUUUUCCUUCUCCUUCUCCUAGUAUGAUUAUUUAAGUUUACUCACUGCUUUCCUCCCAGAAGUGAAAAUGUAGAGCUAAGCAGAGCUAGGCUCAAAUGGACUUCUCUUCCAGCACGAUUUCCUGUUUAACUCCUCAUAGCAGCGGAUCAAGUGUGAUGAGAGCAUAAAGCAGAUAAGAAUACAGCUCUGUAGACUGCAGGAUGCUCAAGAUCCACAUGUUAACAAGAGUCUUUUUUUUAUUUUUUAAACUCAUCCAAACAGCAAUUACUAACACUAGACUUCCUUUUGUUCAGUUCUUCUUUAAUAUUCUAGCUUCAAUUCAAUGGGCUCCAUCUCUGCUGCAGUAGCGUUAUAGAGAUUAGAGGUAGAGAUUGUUUCCAUGACACUACCAUCAGGACCACAUUUAAUUCUAUCAUGUGAUAUGAAUCCAAGCAUAGCCGUCUGUGCUCACAGUUUCUUUUUUUAAGGUUUUUUUUUUUUUUUGCUUUUAUUUUGCUCACUUUCAGUCCCAUGUCUUUGCAUCGUCUGUCGUACUGCCUGCAGCUGCAUGCCGAGUAUAGGAUCACUGGUUUGGAGCAACACCCCGCCUGCCUUAAUGUGGCCUUCAACCUGGAGCCAGACUAGUUUCAGCAGCAACAAUCUCUGCUCUGCUCUGUACUAAACUCAGCAGUAUUCAAAAGGGUCAUUCCAAAACCACAGAAAGCCAGUCUGGUUUAAUUUUUAAUGGCUUGGUCUGCAGGAGCUGUCAGGUUUAUUACUCUCUUCAAGUUAAAGGAAGGCUAAUGUGUCGCCUCCUAGUGGGUACCAUGCCUGACUUCCUCACAGGGAAUUUUCUAUUUAGCUAGACAGUGAAAUUUAACCCACCACUGCCCUGCAGCAGCAACCUAACAGCUACUUGGGAUCAAAUCGCAUCUUCGAAAUUGUAUUUUCUUGGACUUGUGUUGGACAGAAGCAUAUUUUCCUGCCUGGGUAGUUAGUUUUCACCUUGAAACUACCUCUGGCCUUGCUUAUGCCACCUCCUGCUCCGAGGCCCUUUUAUAGUUUUUUUUUGUUGUUGUUGUUGUUGUUGUUUUUUUACAGCCUUUCACUGCUGGCAGCAAGUUCCUCUUUUCUGUGCUAGCAUAAACGGCACAAAUGAGCAAUAUGAGGGCAUCAGGCGAUGCAUUGCCGCCUUGAUGCAUGUGCAUCAUUUAAGAUGCAACUUCUGCUGGUGUAUUUUAAAGGCUGUUAUCAAUAUUCCUCUGAGGUACCAGCUGCCAUAUUUUUACCGAGCUGAGCGAUUGGUGCUUGCCGAGUCAGAGAGUUUACUCCUCUUGUUACUCCUGCAAAAAACAACAACAAAAAAAUUCUUUUCAGUCGUGUAUGUUUUAACCCAUUCAGCUGAAAAUAUUUAAAUAUUCAAGUGUUUGUUUAUUGGGCUUCAGCCUGGUCAGCAGUAUUAAUAAAGGCCAUCUAUCAUCUUAACUAAUCAUUAA